UUAUACUAAUUAUUAUCUGAAUAGUGAUAAUAAAUUGAAUUGAUUAACUUAUCAUAAUGGAUUGCAUGGAUUGCUACUACUUAUACACCGACUUAGAGGUUCUUGAACAUAAUCACGUUAGUACAGGGGGAUCAUACGUUGACAAUCAUGAAGAGCUAUAUCCUGGUUGCACUGCUAGCGGCUCUGGCGAGCUGCCUGGAUGCGGCGGUCCUACCGACGCCGAUUAACGCUCCCACCGUCGCGGGCGAAGUCCAGCCGGGAGACUGGGUCGUGUUGAGAGCUAUGUUCAGGACUUCAGGCCUUCCGAAUGAAUCGACCACCAGGAAUUUGCGCUACUCGAUGAGCGAAAAGUAUCAGGUGAACUCUGUCUCCAUCGUGGAGGUCGGUCCCCCACAGGGGGGAGCGCCGGCCUUCGUGGGGGGAUUGGGGACCAACGUCAUCGACGUCGUGCUGGUGUCCGCGCGGGGCAGGGGCUUCGAGUACAAUAUCGAGCUGUGGGGACACGACACCACCGGCGCCGACCCCGGACCCAACCCACCAGAUGUCCUAAUAACCGAACUGUAAAUACAAACUACUACCUAUAAUAACAAUAAACUUUGGCAUCAUGCUUAAA